AUGGCGCUCUGUGUGGUUCUGAUGGGAGCAACAUACGCUGGAAAUCCUGGAUUCGUCGUACGCAUCACCCAGAAAGGGCUCGAAUAUGCCCGUGAACAAGGGAUGACUGUUCUACGACAGAAGCUCUCAACUAUUCAUUUGCCGGAUUACUCGGGAGUUUAUUCGGGAUUCAUGGGAAAAAUAUCAAAGAGGUAUCCAGCUAGGCCGAUAAAGCUCAAGAUUUUAUCGCCUUCUGCUCCGUCUCUGGCCGUGAAACCGGGAAAUUUGACCCUUUCACCAGUUUUGGACAUCCAGGCUUAUGCAGUAUUACCAAAGUCAGCUCUGGCUCCUCUUUUCCGAAUAACCUUGUCAACUCAUGCUGUGGCAAACGUGAGAGUGAAUUCAAACAGGAUUGUGGGGUUCCUGGUGCUUAACAGCAUAAAGAUUGAUCUCAAACACUCAGAUGUGGGGCCCUUCCCUGUGGAGCUUCUAAACUUGGUUCUGAACUAUUACAUCUCACAUAUUCUGCUUCCCCAAGUUAAUGAAAUUCUGGCGAAUGGCUAUCCUCUCCCCCUGCUUGAUGACGUUGGACUCUCCAAUGUUGUGAUAAAGCUACAUGAGCAUUACCUUCUUCUGGGAGCAGAUGUCAAGUAUGGAUAAUUUUGCGGCGGCAAGAGCUGAAGAUCAAAGUAUCCUGACACUCCCUCCAAAGAUGAUAAUAAAUAAUAGACCUGAGAAAAUUAGAAAAUAUACAGAAA